AUGCCGAGGCCUUUAUAUUCUCCUUCUUCACUUCUUUGCCCUCAGGGCCUGCGAGGGGCCCCCCCUGGGGGCCCCGUUAGGUGUGGGGGCCCCCAAAGGGGGCCCCCACACCGUCUUUCUGCUGCGUUUCAGCAGCAGCAGCAGCAGCAACAGCAGCAGCUGCAGCAGCUACAGCAGCAGCGCGAAUUCGCCAGCCUCUCUGCUCUCUGGGGGGCCCUGCAGGAGCGGCUGGGGGGGUCAAAGAGGGGCCCCCCGGGGGCCCCCCGCCUGAGAAAUCGGGUACCAGGGGGAGCGGCAUCGAAGGCCCCUGUUGUUGGUGGGGGCCCCCAGGGGGGCCCCCUAGAGGGGCCCCUAGGGGGGCCCCCAGGGGGGCCCCCAGGGCCCCUUGAGAGCAGCAAGAGCAGCGAAGCCAUCCAGCAGCAGCUGAUGAAAAUUUAUAAAAAUGUUACGCCCGAGGAGAGACGCAAGCUGGGGAGACAAAAAACUAUGGGGGCCCCGUUUUUUCGGGAGCUGAAUGAAGAAGAGUAUAUAGCCUAUCAACGAGAGAGUGGUUUGCUGCUGCAGCAGAAGCAGCUGUGGUGUAUAACCCCAAGACAAACAGCAGCACGAGAGCUGCCGCUGCAGCUGCAUAUGAGGGCCCCCGUGCAAGAGCUUAUCUAUAGAUUCUUUGGGCGGCAUCAAGAGUACCCGCAGAUUGCGUGGCAGCUGCUGCACCUCAUCUUAGAGCGAGUUGAGAACGAGCAGCUGAAAAAAAACGGCAGCAGCAGCAGCAGCAACAACUGCUCUUGCAGCAGCGGCAGCUGGGGGGUAGCGAGAAAGGCUGCAGCAGCAGCAGCUGCUGCUGCUGUUGCUGCUGCUGCUGCACCUACCGCUGCUGCUGCUGCUGCUGCUGCUGCUGCUGCUGCUUGA